AAACUUUCGAUCACUAAAUAGUAAUACUGAAACCAUGUGUGUGAUUAAGGGUCAAUUUGGAGAAAAAAAUAUGGAUUCAAACUUACUUUGUUGCAUUAAUUAGCUAAAUCGUCUAAAAAGGGGUGGAAACAUCAGGCUAAUCCCUUAUGGGGUUCAUUUGAUUGCAAUUGUGACCUAAAUUAAAGGGCCAAUUACAUAAAAUGAAUAGAUGAAAUUGGGUCUGUCGUCCAUGUCGCUUCAAUCUACCUACAGCUCUCUGCGUCGAUCUCGAUCCCGAUAACGAUCAUCCCCUCCAAUUCUCCGGUGAUUUCACCCUACUCGUCGCUUUAUUCGUUCUGCACACUCCGCCGUUUACCGGGGAGAUCGUCAAAUCCUAUCCAUACCAAGCCCUGACGACGGCGUCGAAGCUCUGAUUGUCUUAAAAAGGAGGCGAUCUAGGUAUUGAUUUGAGGAGUUUUUGAGAGUGUUAGGGGAACGGAAGAAUGGUGGAACCAGUGAACUCUUCGCUUGGGAAAAUGCUCUUGGACGAAGUUAGUCCAGUGGUCAUGGUUCUAUGUACGCCCCUUGUUGAAGAGACGUUCCUCAAGAAUGGUCUAUCCUUUGUCGAAACGCUUAAGCCAUUCUGCAACUUUAGUAACAUCGAUGUGCCUGUUCGGACAUCAAGUGAUCAGCUUUAUAGGCUAAAGAAGUUCACAUUGAGAUUGUUUUAUGCCUCUGAUAUUAGACAACCAAACGUAGAGGUUGCAAAGCAACGGCUAGAACAGGUUAUUAGUCUAGCUGGGGAGAAGGAUUUUCAGGAUUUAAAAUCUGACCCUCCUCAAAUUACUGAUAUACUCUCUAAUCCUGAGUCUGAAAUCGCACCCACAUGGUUUCAGUAUUACAAUAAAGAACUUAUACGUACAUUGUCUUUUUCAGACCACGAAGCUUUUGAUCAUCCUGUGGCUUGUCUCUUGGUUGUUUCAUCAAAAGACGAAGAACCUAUACAUAAAUUUGUACAUCUUUUCAACUCCAAUAGAUUACCUAAUGAUGGUGCAAUGGACCCAAAUAUUUUGAAGCAUUACUUGUUGGUGCAUGACAAUCAAGAUGCAACAACAGAGAGAACGUCUAAAGUUCUGUCUGAGAUGAGAAGUCAAUUUGGGAAUAAUGAAUGCAACCUACUUUGCACUAAUUCAUCUAAAGAGGGGAAUGUGGAACAUCAGGCUAAUCCUUGGGCUUCAUUUAAAUCAAGUGUUUCUGCCGACAAACUUGGAUGUGCUCUCACUGGUGACGAUAUUGUGGAGAUCAAAGAUCUGAUGCAAGAGUUUGCUUCCAGGCAUAUAAUUCCUUACAUGGAGCAGAAAGUUCGAGAACUUAAUCAACAGAUUUCUGCAACAAGAAAAGGUCUAAGAAACCAGAUAAAAAACUUAUGGUGGAGAAAAGGAAAGGACGAUGGUCCGGAUGCGACCAAAGGUUCAAUGUAUACCUGUAGCUCCACUGAAUCUCAAAUUAGAAUUUUGGGUGACUACGCCUUCAUGUUGCAUGAUUAUGAACUUGCAUUGUCAAGCUAUCGAUUGAUAUCAACAGAUUACAAGCUCGAUAAAGCUUGGAAGCACUAUGCCGGUGUUCAGGAAAUGAUGGGACUUGCAUAUUUCAUCUCAGACCAGUCCAAAAAGGAAGCUGAGUACUGCAUGGAAAAUGCAUUCAGCACCUAUAUGAAACUUGGGAAGUCUGGCUUCCAAAAUGCUACGAGAUGUGGGCUCUGGUGGGCAGAGAUGCUAAAGGCUAGAGAUCAGCACAAAGAAGCUGCUUCUGUUUACUUCCGCAUAUGUGGAGAGGAACCCUUGCACGCUGCAGUCAUGUUGGAGCAAGCUUCUUACUGUUUCGUGUUAACUAAGCCAGCGAUGCUACACAAGUAUGGAUUUCAUCUAGUUCUCUCAGGAGACCACUAUAAAAGUUGUGAUCAGGUUAACCAUGCAAUUCGUACAUACAGAAGUGCAAUCUCUGUUUAUAAAUCAACUACAUGGAGCCAUAUCAAAGACCAUGUAUAUUUUCAUAUUGGACAAUGGUAUGCAAUUGUUGGGAUGCAUGAUGUUGCAGUUAGAAACAUGCUCAAAGUACUGGACUGUGGCUACCAAUCUAAGGCAACCCAAGAGAUUUUUCUCAGGGACUUUUUCAACAUUGUUAAGAAAACUGGAAUGAAGCAUGAGGUGGUGGGACUUCAACUUCCAGUUAUUAACAUGUCGUCUCUUCAAGUUAUAUUUGAAGACCAUCGCACUUAUGCAUCUCAAGCUUCUGCUCUUGUAGAAGAGAGCAUCUGGCAAUCACUGGAGGAUGAUAUCAUUCCAUCAUUAAAUUCUGGCAAGUCAAACUGGCUGGAGUUACAGUCAAAGCUUCUGCCAAAGAAAUACAAAGACUCAAAUGUUUGUGUCGCUGGAGAGUCAGUGAAAGUGGAUCUGGAGUUUAGGAAUCCAUUGCUAAUAUCUACUUCCAUAACAAGCGUGUCUCUCAUCUGUGAACUUUCCGCAAAUUCUGAUGACGUAAAAUUAGUAAAUAAUGAGCCAAGUAGCUCAAGCUUGGGUCCUGAGAGUUCCACAGGACAUAAUCAGGUUACAACCUCUGGUGUUUCUUCUUUCACUUCGUCUGAAGUGGAUUUCACAUUAGGUGGAGGCGAGAAAAAAUUGGUGAGACUCACUGUUACCCCUGGUGAAGAAGGUAUUCUCAAAAUUGUCGGUGUAAGGUGGGAGUUGUCUGGCUCCAUCGUAGGUGUGCAUUACUUCCAGUCUGUGCCUGUAAAGGCAAAAAAUGCCAAAGGAAGAAGGAAAAACAAACUUACACCCACUGAUGCCUUGAAAUUUUUAGUCAUCAAGAGUCUACCCAGGCUUGAGGGUUCAAUUGAUCAUCUGCCUGAGAAAUUGUAUGCUGGAGAUCUACGUUAUCUUGUUUUAGAGUUGAGAAAUAAGUCAGAAUCCCCAAUAAAGAAUCUUAAAAUGAAAAUUAGCCAUCCAAGAUUUGUAAGUCCUGGAAACUAUAAAGAAGAGCUGACAACCAAAUUUCCAGAUUGCUUAAAGAAGGGCGAUGAACAAAAUAUUCUUCAGCCUGAAACAAAUAGAACAAGUAGUGUAUUUGCAUUUCCAAAGGAUGUAUCACUGCAAGGAGACGGAUCUUUAAGGUGGCCUCUUUGGCUUCGAGCUGCCACCCCAGGAACGAUAUAUUUGUAUUUUACAAUAUACUAUGAGAUGGAAAAUGUAUCAAGCAUCAUGAAAUACCGCACCCUAAGGAUGCAUUAUAAUUUGCAGAAACUUGGGAAGUCUGGCUUCCAAAAUGCUACGAGAUGUGGGCUCUGGUGGGCAGAGAUGCUAAAGGCUAGAGAUCAGCACAAAGAAGCUGCUUCUGUUUACUUCCGCAUAUGUGGAGAGGAACCCUUGCACGCUGCAGUCAUGUUGGAGCAAGCUUCUUACUGUUUCGUGUUAACUAAGCCAGCGAUGCUACACAAGUAUGGAUUUCAUCUAGUUCUCUCAGGAGACCACUAUAAAAGUUGUGAUCAGGUUAACCAUGCAAUUCGUACAUACAGAAGUGCAAUCUCUGUUUAUAAAUCAACUACAUGGAGCCAUAUCAAAGACCAUGUAUAUUUUCAUAUUGGACAAUGGUAUGCAAUUGUUGGGAUGCAUGAUGUUGCAGUUAGAAACAUGCUCAAAGUACUGGACUGUGGCUACCAAUCUAAGCUUCUAAGAAAGAAAGAUAGCGCUUACAANUCAUGUCAGGGACCCUCAGCUCAGGCAAGUCCAAAUACUGUUGACUUCAUUCUAAUCUCUCGCCUGGAAAAAAGCAGCAAUCCGUCAGCAGUUUCUGAUUUACCAAAGAUAAUGUCUCACCAUUCAUGUCACAAUAGUAUCAGAAGCUCGAGCCCGCUGUCGUGGUCACUAGACGGUCCCCGAACCAUACACCACGACUUUUCCACCUCCUUGUGUGAAGUAAAACUAAAAAUGGUAAUCAGAAACACAUCUGAUGGAUUAUCAUCUGUGACCAUCAACACCAUUGAUUGUCUACCAGACGCAGCAGUACCAACUCCUUCCUCUGGAAACCAAUCCGGCUGGCGCUACGUGCAACCCGUAACAGAGGAAAUGAAACUAACUUCAGAUGUCAUGGGAAGCCGUCUGGGCAAACCGCCUUCUUCCAUGGAAAGCUCACCUCCUUUCAUAUGGUCAGGUUUAAGUUCCACAAAGGUCCAAAUCCAGCCAUUAUCCACAACCGAGAUCCCGCUGCAGAUAUCAGUUUUCUCUCCAGGUAUCUACGAUCUCUCUUCAUAUAAACUUAACUGGGAGCUUUCUGAGCAUGGAAGUGCAUCAACAGGGAUAUGUCAAGGAUAUCCUUAUUACCUUACUGUUCUUCAGUCUGAGUAAGCUUUUCUAGAUCUCUCUAAUGGCUGGAUGUGUCCAAUAUUAAAGCAUGAGAGUAUUCUAUUAUGAUGUGCCAUUGUCCUCUUGUGUAUUCAUUUUGAUGGUUUAUGUAUACGUCUGAAUUUUCAAAUUUUGAUUGUAGUAACUUACUACUAGUAAGUUUGUUGUCAAGAAAUUGUUUUUGUAGGAAAAAGA